AUGGGUGAUGCUGAGAGCUGCCUGCUCAGACAACAGACACGCGAGGUCAGGAAGAAGCUGCUUAUAAAUUACCGCUUCCUCCGCGACGCCGCCAGCGCUGAGCUACGGCCCCUGGGCACAGCCACGCGCCGCUGUGCAGAGAAGCAGCGCUGAGCCCAGAACCCGCGGGCCAGAGAUCCGGCGGGCGGGCAGCCCCCCGCCAGUGGAAGGCAGCACGGGCGAGCGCAGCGCGAGGAGCACUGCAGCCACCCCAGGUGUCUUACCUUCACAGCUUUAGUCCUUAGGAGUAGCCCAAGUGAGGAGAUGGCCACCAAGGAGAAGCUGCAGUGCCUGAAAGAUUUCCACAAGGACAUCCUGAAACCAUCACCAGGGAAGAGCCCAGGCACACGGCCUGAGGAUGAGGCAGAGGGCAAGCACCCACAGAGGGAGAAGUGGUCCAGCAAGAUUGACUUCGUGCUCUCUGUGGCUGGCGGCUUCAUCGGCUUGGGCAAUGUCUGGCGUUUCCCAUAUCUCUGCUACAAAAAUGGUGGAGGUGCGUUUCUCAUACCGUAUUUUAUUUUCCUGUUCGGCGGCGGCCUACCUGUGUUUUUCCUGGAGGUGGUCAUUGGCCAGUAUACCUCUCAAGGGGGCAUCACCUGCUGGGAAAAGAUCUGCCCCUUGUUCACUGGCAUUGGUUAUGCCUCCAUCGUGAUCGUCUCCCUGCUGAACGUGUACUACAUCAUCAUCCUGGCCUGGGCCAUGUACUACCUGUUCCACUCCUUCCAGACUGAUCUGCCCUGGGCUCAUUGCAACCACAGCUGGAACACGCCCCACUGCAUGGAGGACACCAUGCGAAAGAACAAGAGCAUGUGGAUCACCCUCAGCACCUCCAACACCACCAACUAUACCUCCCCUGUCAUCGAGUUCUGGGAGCGCAACGUACUGAGUCUGUCCUCUGGAAUCGACCACCCAGGUGCUCUGAAGUGGGACCUCGCUCUCUGCCUCCUCCUUGUCUGGCUGGCCUGUUUCUUCUGCAUCUGGAAAGGUGUCAAGUCCACAGGGAAAGUUGUCUACAUCACAGCCACGUUCCCAUUCAUCAUGCUCCUGGUGCUGCUUGUCCGUGGACUCACACUACCUGGGGCUGGUGCAGGCAUCAAAUUCUAUCUGUACCCCGACAUCUCCCGCCUCGAGGACCCCCAGGUGUGGAUUGAUGCCGGGACCCAGAUAUUCUUCUCCUAUGCGAUCUGCCUGGGGGCCAUGACCUCUUUGGGGAGCUACAACAAGUACAAGUACAACUCGUACAGGGACUGUAUGCUGCUGGGAUGCCUGAACAGUGGUACCAGUUUUGUGUCUGGCUUCGCAAUUUUUUCCAUCCUGGGCUUCAUGGCACAAGAGCAAGGGGUGGACAUUGCUGAUGUGGCUGAGUCAGGUCCUGGCUUGGCCUUCAUUGCCUAUCCCAAAGCUGUGACGAUGAUGCCACUGCCCACGUUUUGGUCCAUUCUUUUUUUUAUUAUGCUUCUCUUGCUUGGACUGGAUAGCCAGUUUGUUGAAGUUGAAGGACAGAUCACGUCCUUGGUUGAUCUUUACCCAUCCUUCCUAAGGAAGCAUCGGGAAAUCUUCAUUGCCCUCAUGUGUUGUGCCAGCUACCUGCUGGGGCUGACAAUGGUGACAGAGGGUGGCAUGUAUGUGUUUCAACUCUUUGACUACUAUGCAGCUAGCGGUGUAUGCCUUUUGUGGGUUGCAUUCUUUGAAUGUGUUACUAUUGCCUGGGUAUAUGGCGCUGAUAACUUUUAUAAUGGUAUUGAGGACAUGAUUGGCUAUCGGCCUGGGCCCUGGAUGAAGUACAGCUGGGCUGUCAUCACUCCAGUUCUCUGUGUUGGAUGUUUUAUCUUCUCUCUCGUCAAGUACCAGCCCCUGACAUAUAAUAAAGUCUACGUGUAUCCUGACUGGGCCAUUGGGCUGGGCUGGGGCCUGGCCCUGUCCUCCAUGGUGUGCAUCCCCCUGGUGUUCCUCAUCUCCCUCUGCCAGGCACAAGGAUCUCUGUCCAUGAGAUUCAAGUACCUGCUGACCCCGAGGGACCCCAACCGCUGGGCUGUGGAGCACGAGGGGGCCCUCCCCUUCAACUCUCCCUCCACUGCCAAUGGCAUUCUCAUGAAGCCGACCCACAUCAUUGUGGAGACUAUGAUGUGA